CUCUCUCCUCCUAGUCUCCUCGGCAACUGCAGAGAUCUCGCGAGCUUCUACUUCUUCAGUGCCGUGGCUUACUGAGGACUAAUUCGCGGAUAUCUUAAGGACGCAAUUCAAUUUCUUGAAGGCCGGACUCAAGACUACGUUUCCCGUGAGCACGUAACAGCACACACCCCUCGUCGCCCAUAUACUGUUUGAGUUCAGUGGACGGUGGCCGAAAAGGACAAUGGUUUCCAUGUCAGCGGAUCAACGCGCUGGCCUUAGCUCCAGGACGAGGGAGGAUGCGGUACUGACUGCAUCCUGAGGAGCAAGUAAGCCACUAAAGGAGCCUGUGACUCAGAGAGCAAGAAACAUGCCGCUCCGGGACCUAGCGGCCGGGCCAGACUUUGAAUUUUUCCAGCGUCGCUAUUUUACGCCGGCCGAGGUCGCCCAACACAACCUGCCAGAAGACCUCUGGGUGUCUUACCUGGGAUAUGUAUACGACCUAACACCGUUGGCACAGGAGUACAAAGGAGACCUGCUGCUGAAACCCAUCUUGGAAGUUGCGGGCCAGGACAUCAGCCACUGGUUUGAUCCAAAGACGAGAGACAUCCGCAAGCGCAUAGAUACGUUGACCGGUUGCCUAAGAUACCGCACCCCCUGCGGCCGCUUUCUGCACGUCCCGCCUCAACUGCCCCGCUCGGACUGGGCCAAUGAUUUCGGGAAGCCCUGGUGGCAGGGGUCGCGUUACGAGGUGGGGAGGCUGUCGGCCAAGACCCGGAACAUCCGCAUCAUUAACACGCUCACGUCGCAGGAGCACACACUGGAGGUGGGGGCCCUGGAAUCAAUGUGGGAAAUCCUACACCGCUAUCUCCCCUAUAACGCACAUGCUGCCAGCUAUACAUGGAAAUACGAAGGGAAGAACCUUAAUAUGGAUUAUACUCUGGAAGAGAAUGGGAUCCUGGAUGAGGAGGAAGAAAUGGACUAUCUCAAUAUGGAUGGUACACUCUACAUACCUGCAAUACUGCUCUACUUCAAUGAUGACCUCACAGAGCUAUAGGAAAGCAGAUGUAUACUCAUGUAGACUCAAGACAUAUUUUGUGUUUGGCUGUUUGUACCCUGUAGUAAAAGAAGUGGGAUGGGCUGGACUUAGACCAGAGGGGUGGAUGCCUGGACUUAGACCUCCAUUCCAUUCUGGGGAGUGGCCUGUGGUGCUGAUACCCUUCUGAAGUGUAAAGGUCCUCUUUCCCAGGUCCAUUAUAAUUUGCUCUGAGAAAAUCAGGGAGAAUGCUAGAAGUGAAUUAGUUUCAGGAAUGAUACAAAAAGACAAUUAUCCUGGAUUAAGGAGAUGUAGAAGAGGAUAGUCAGGCAGAACUUUUUGAUAGUAAGAGAAAGAGAAGUCCUACACAGGGAUGAGGGAAAGAAGAACAUUUUUUUGGCAAUGAUGGAAAUGGAUGGCUGCAGGAAAUGGGAUUUACAAAGAAAUAGGAAAUGUCUAUCACUGGCCAUACACAACCAGCUUAUCUCCCUUCUGAAUAGCAUUUGGCAGCUGAAGCCUAAGGGGGAAGAAAGGAGGUGAACGGUUACUAGGUAAUUCAGACUAGAUAUUAUGCUACAUGCUUUAACAAAACUACUCUAUAAGAUGGGUGCCAUUACCACUAUUUUACAGACAAUUCUUUCGAAGCUUAGCAAGAUUUAAUAGCACAAAAGCACACUAGUUAGUAACCAGGAUGCAAACCCCAGUCUGUCCAAUUUCAAAGUCCAUGUUCUUUUCAAUGUAAAGGGAAUAUCUUAAUGUCCCAGGUUCAGUGGGCAUCUGUAGGCCUAUUGUAUAGUCAGGCAUUUUUCUGCAGUUAUGUAUUUGCAUGGGAGUUAGCAAAGUUUUGCAGCUGCAGAGUGGAGGCAGAGAAGGCUGAGUGUCAGCUGAGCAAUAGUUAUUGGGGCUACUUCCUGCUGAAUUUCAUAGCAAAAUUUUUCUUCUGACUUAUUUUUGAGGCAAAGAGAUGGUAUAAAUGGACUCCAGGAUAAACUAGAGUAUGGAAAGGGCCUUUAGAUGCAGAAGCAAUAUUGACAAUGAGCCUCUACCUCUUAGGAAGGUGAGGAAGACAUGGUUGACUUUAUAAGAUAGUGGCUCUGCAAGAGGGAGUUUGAUGGGCUAAUGGAGAAAGAGGAACUAAGUAAGUCGGAAAACUCCUAAAAGACAUCAACCAUGGAGAGCAAUUUUGGUCCCCUUCAACCUAAGCAGAGAAAGAGAUGAGAUUGACAGACAAGUGAACUUCCUGACAGUAGCAGGCAAAAAGAGGGGGAGAGGCUAGUGCAUCUUCCUGGCAGGGGGCACCAGAGCCCAGUGCAGGAGGAAGUGACCCUGUGAGACCCUGGGUGCACACCCUGCAGAGGAGCUUUCUGAGGGACUAUGAAAGGCAUAGAGACAUCUGUAUUGGCUUCAGCAGUAUCUUAACUCACUGUGAGACUGAGAGCUUCUAUUCAGUCUCAUGUAAUGCAAGAGUCCAUGAAUUAUCUGAAUCAUUUUGAUGUUAAUCAGCUCUGCAGUUGUUUCAUGUGUGUAUUGUUUACUCAGUUAAAUCAUAAAUGAUCUGAAAAGCCAAAGCUAUGCUGUUGCUCUAGCACCAGCCUCAGGGCCUGAGGCUGUGAGAUCUGCUCAAGCCUGUCUCUUCUUCAGUCUCCUACUUCAGUACAUUUUGCCAGAAACAUCCCACUCCUCACACACCCAGUCAUUCUCUGGGUAGCUUUUAUCUCCUAAAUAUCAUUGGAACCCAUCUUCCUCUCUCCUAGCUAUCUAAUCAUCUCCUGUCUAGACCGCUGUAGGAACCUCCUAACCAGUCUUCCCAUUUCCACUUCUGUCUGCCACACACAGCAGUCAGAGCAAGCUCUGAAAAACAAACCUAAACAUCUGACUUUCCUGCUUCACAUUCUUCAGUGGUUCCAGUUGCUUUGGGAAUAAAGUCCUAAAUUCAAAGACCUUGCAUAAAGCAGCCUCUGUCUACCUCGAGUAUAUCAUCUGGCAUGACUGUUCUUUGUACCCUGUUCCAGCCAUACUGGCUGGCUUUAGGUUCAUGCAAUGUCUUCUUGACUUAGAGCCAUCACACAGACUGUUCUGUUUGUUCCAUUUCCUACCCAGUUGAUCCUAAAUGUUUCUUCCUUGGGGAAACCUUUUCUGAUUUCUCCAUGUAGGUCAAGACUUUCUGCUAAAUCUUCUCUUAGCACCAUGCAUAUUUCAGAGUACUUAACUACAAUUUAAGUUUUAAAAUUAUACAUGUAAUUGACUGUUUGCUAGAUUGUAAGCUCAAGAGAGCAGAGAGCAUCUGUAUCUUGUUCACUGCUGUAUUCCCAGUUGUGCACAUAAUUGGGCACAUAGUUGCUGCUCAAUAAAUUUUGAUUGA